AUGGGCGAGCCUAACGGACCGGUCGUCUCGACAAUUAUUGAGGAUAUCAGUCAGAUCUGCCGUGACGAUCCCCGAAAGCGAUGCGUCUACUGGUACUUCCAAUUCAACGUGCGCGAAUCACAGGCCGUCGAGAACAUGCUCAGAUCUGACAUCUUGGAAGCCCUGAAGACCAUACCAAAAUCGUUGCAGGAGUUCUACCAACUUGUGAUGGAGGGGAUUGCACCUUCCGAACGAAGGUUUGCUCGGUCAAUUCUGCUGUGGCUCAGCUUCUGCGUUCGGCCUCUUACCUUGGAAGAGGUUGCAGCAGCAGCAGGCCUGCCAGUCCCAGAGCAUGUUAUCAGAAUCUGCACAACUUCCUUCGUGAACUUUUGGCAAUCAGAUGGUCAGGUCAAACUGGCCCAUUUCUCAGUGAAAGAAUUUCUUGUCACCAACGCACACGAGGGCCAUUGGUACCAGCUCUCCGCCUUGAGCAGUCAUAGAGCUCUAGCCGAGGACACGCUGAGACUGCUCUUACAGAAGACCGAGGAAGUAUCGGAAGAUGAUGUGUGCAAGGAAGCAUUACUGCAUUAUGCUGCGUGCAACUGGCACGAACACUUCAAAGCAUCAACCUGCUUUCCUCAAAACCCAGGACCUCAGACGAUUGUUGAUGAGCUUUUCUGUCAUCCAACCAUCUACCGUAACUGGCGCUGCCUAUUGACUUGCUUUAGGGAGCUGUACGUGCGACCAGCCCCUAUCUGCACUGCAUCCGAGCUGGGCCUCAUACAAACAGUGAAUGAGUUACUCAAACUAGGGAUCGAGGGGCUUGGGCCUGUACUUGAGUCAAUCAACGCAGUAUAUAUUGCUGCCCAGGCGGGGCAUCUUGAUGUUUUGGAUUUACUGCUGAAGAGAGUUGCUAUCUCUAUUGAUACGGCUGAGCGCACAUUUGAAAUAGUGCGACGCCAUGGCCUUAGAACCAAGACACUUGAAGAUAUGGUGAAGAACCUUUCAGAUUCUGGGGUUCUAUACGCCGGAACCGGGGGCCAAGACGUUCGCAUUGAUGAGCGAAUUGUUAUAGCCGCGGUAAAGAACAAAGCUUGCGGUUUGGAGCUUAUGACCAUUCUCCUGGAUCAAUAUGAAGCGAGAGGCAUUGCGAUUGUGCCCGUGACUGAGCAAGUGUUGGCAAGCACUCUCAAGAACAAGGAAUCUGGGUGUGGUAUUCUUCAGCUACUUCUCGAAAGACGCGGUGGAGAUGUCCGGAUCUAUCCUGGAAUCAAGGAGUUGUUAGCGUGCCCGAUGUUCAUAAGUUCCAGCACUCUAAGUCUCCUACUUGAAGCACGGCAUGAAGAGAUUUCCUUAGAUGAGCGUUUUCUUGAGAGCUUUGCAGAAGAUGCCACCGGUCCACAGAUGGAAGCUAUUUUGAGGACAUUAGGCGACGAUUUCUUAGUGACCGAGCGUGUUCUGGAAGCAGAAGCCCACAAUACGAAUGGUGGUGGUGCUAUGCAUCAAAUUAUUCGACGACAAGAGCAUGGCCUUCAGGUGAGUGAGCGUCGUCUUUGCUCAGUGGCAAAAGAUUGUUUUAAUUCGGUCGAGAUCCUGGGCACUCUCCUGGAUGAGUGCGGGCCAGACUUUCCAGUGGGCGAAAAUGUUAUGCUCGCAGUCGUGCAACAUUGGGACGCGCACAGGAUGCUUAAUAUGCUCUUGUACAGGCAGCAAGCUGGAUUCAAUGUCAGUCAAAUGAUACUACUCCAAGCAGCUCGCAACCCUCAUGUCCGAGAUGUCCUCGAGAUACUGAUGAACAAUGGCGGCCUGAAAGUUCCACUGACAGAAGAAAUAGUACGCGCUGCUUUGACCAGUGAUAAAGCAAUGUCUUAUCUCUUGGAUCUGGAAGAAGGACAUAUCCGAACUGUUCCCAUCACGGAUGAAAUGCUAUUAGAUGCAGUACACUCGCUAAGCGCUGAUACAUUACACACCAUAUUUCGCAAAAGACCGAAUAUUCAAGUGACCGAUGGUAUGUUUGUUGGUGCAAGUCGUGACCUAUCCAAGCUAUCACUACUGCUACAGCAAUCGUACAGUCAACUGCCAGUCGAGCAAAUGAUCCAAGAUUUGGGCACAAGACCUCACGGCAAUCCAGUAGAUGUAAUUAAGUUCAUCUUGGAUCAAAAACUCCUGGAAAUCGAUGAACGAGUCUUGGAAAUAUUUGCCAACAACCUUGACGCUCUGGAAUUUCUUCUCGAGAGGAAGCCCCUGGUACCCAUCACAGAGCAAACUGUUAUUCGAUCAGCUACCGGUGUAGGGACAUGGCCCUUGCUACUGGACAAACGAAUUCAAGCGCUCCCGAUAUCAACAGAAGUGAUGAUCGCCGUGGUCAGGGCAUAUGAUCCAGGGGCUAGCUAUUUGCAACGUUUCCUCGCGCAUUUCGGCUUGGCAGUACCAAUAACAGAGAGGGUCUUGUUAGCUGCUACGCAAAACCUGGCGGCCUUACAACUACUGUUUCAGGCACAAGGACCCAAUACACCGCGAUUCUUAUCUGAAGAGCUGGUCUUUCUCGCGACCUACCAUGGAUUUCCAGCAAUGUCAUGGCUCCUUCAGGAGUGUGGCUCGGCAGUACCACUAACAGAAAGAGUGCUAGUUGCUGCCACUGCACAGAGCCUGACUGGGGUACUGUACCUCAUCCGAGAACAGUUUAUAGAUAUCAAUCUGCAGCAAAUAUGGAAAGGAAUAUGGAACCCUGGAUUGCGAUUUCUUUGA